AUGGUAAAGAUUUCCCAGGUAGGCGCUCUCGCUACGGCCCUCGCAAGCGCCCAGGCCGCGGCGUUCAGCAACUCGACAGCACCAGUCAUUUCCAACGUCAGUGUCAGCAGCGUCGACACUGGAACCUCGGAGUUCCAAGGCGUGCAGCACGCCGCAUUCAUCGAAAUUUCACUCCAGGCUUACCAGCCAGGCGAGGCAUGGAUUACGGUUCCCGAGGAUGUUUUUGAAAACUUCCCCGACUCGCCAUUUCAGUGGGAGUACGGCACUGUGACAUCUACCGGUUACAACAACAACAACUUUUCCAUCGUGUUUGACAAGGUCCCUGAAAACGGCGAGGCCAAGCUUGAAAUCUUCACCAAAAUGGACUACGGCUACACAGCUGGCAUAACUGGGCCAACCAAAGACACUUUCACCUUCACCAGCUCUUCAGGCGAGUUCAAAUCCUCCGUUGAGUAUAACCAAUAUCCAACCGACCAGGUGUACGUACACACUGAGAAUAGCGGACAGACCCUAGAAUGGGAUGUAUACGUGCCCGCCAGUCUUGUCAACAGUAGUUUCACCAUCUCCGUGGAGAAACAGGCCGGCUACAAGUUCAACCCUGAGUUCAACAACUUUUACUACAACAUGUUGACUACUGCCUUCGACCAGUAUGGCUCCGAUGAAAUUCUGGCUUCUACUGAGCAAAUCGACGUAUCUACCGAGGACAAGAUUAAUGUUACCUUCAUCGGCGCUCUACCUUCUACCGCUGUUAGCCUUAGAUUGAAUUUCCACGCCACUAUCGAAGAGUCGCGCGAAUUCUUUACCAGUAUCUCUGACGUCCAGUUCUCCUCUUUCAGCGAAUCCGUCACAGCUUACACCUACACCAAGAACUACCACGGCUUUAUUGAGGCUCCUAUCUUGAAAAUCAACUCAGCCUCCUCUGCUGUCACCACUGGUGCCAUCGUCCAAUCUAGCACCACAGCACCUAAUGAAGUUACUUCUACAACGACUGACUCUCAUUCUAGAUCUACAUCGGUCUCUGCCUCCCGCUCUUCCAACAACACUUCCACCCCUACCGAUGCUACUACUGCCGUUGGGACCUCCUCUGUCUCUGGUUCUACUGUUGUAUCAUUCGGUGUUAACUGUACCACCGGAUGCGUCAGUGGCCCAGUUUCAACUGCCACCGCCACUACCCACUCACUGUCUACCACCGUGAUUACAACCUGUCCAACCUGCGAAGUCAAGGCUACAACUGUUGCCAUUUCUACUGCCACCACUACUGAGCAUGGUGUUAUUACCGCGUACACAACUUAUUGCCCAAUUUCCUCUGAGACCAGUUCCUAUACCGUUAGUGAUGGCACGAAGUUGGCUCCAUCUGUUGUAAUCACAGAGGUUAAGUCUGGUGUCUUUACCGUCUACACCACCUAUUGCCCAUACUCUGAGGCUGCCGAUUCUACCAGCAUCGAGACAGCCGUCACAAGUGGUGCCUCCAAGGCUCCAGUUUCUAGCUCCGCUGUUCAUGUAGGGACAGCUACCACUACUAAUGACGCUAAGUUUGACUCUGGUUCUACUGUUUCUUUCACUACCGUCGCUACUGCUGCUAGCUCCCCGGUUCCUAAGACUUCCACUUCUUCAUCUAUCACUGUAAGAAUAUACGAAGGCGCUGCGGGUGCUGUCAGAGGCGGGUUUUCUGCUAUCAUCCUAGGAUUCGUCGCGUUCUUGAUUUAG